AUCCAAGGUUUUCUCUGACGAGUCACGAGUCUAAUUAUCUAUAUGAUUGCUUCGAUUUUCAUCAACAAAGAUUACAGCAAAUUCUUUAUAUGCAUGUAAUAUUGUUAUUCGAUGGGUCUUUAUAGUUUCAUUGAUUCUCUCUCUUCGUUUUCUUUUUGUGGCUACAAUUAUAGGCUGAUUAUUGGUAAUGAUCUGCUUCUAUUAUCCAGUUAUGGCGCCGAGUACGAAAAGACAAAUAUGCAGCAAUGCAAACCCAAAUAACAAAAGGCUCAGAAAGCAAGACCAAACAAAGGAAGGUCAAGAGAAGAUUGAUCGAAACGUCAUGGCUGUGGACAAAUUGCUACCUCGCCUUCCAGACCUUAUUGUUCACAAGAUUUUCCGACUCAUUCCCACUAAACUUGCCAUACGCUCAACCAUUGUUUCUAAACAAUGGGCAAGUGUGUGGUCUUUGGGAGUCCCCCUCUUAGAUUUCGAUGACGAGGGGGACUCUACUGAUCAUGAUGGUGACAAUCUCGUCCGCAGGAAGCUGUUGUUCAUUGAUUUUGUGGAAAGCUGUAUGAAACAUUGUGGGAAAAAGAAGCUCUUGGAGUUGGAUAGUUUCAGGCUUCGAAUGAGAUAUGAUUCUGAGUUAAUAGGCGCGACAAGAAUAGACAAGUGGUUUAGUUUUGUGGUUGAUAGAUGCGUCAAAGAGUUAGAUAUCAGCAUUCAAAGAAAAGAUGACAAUGAUCCGGUCAAAAGCACAUACUACUGCAUACCUCAUACCAUUCUCAAUGCUCAAUUUCUUACUGGUCUGAAUCUGGAGCAUGUGAGAAUACAGGAGAGUAUUGAUCUGAUAAGCCUUCCGUUGUUGAAAACCAUGUCCCUAAACACUGUGCUGUUUGAUUGCCGCAUGCAUUCGGAUAGAUCACUCUGGAUGGGUUGUCCUUCCAUCGAGCAUUUGUCAUUAACUUCGUGUUCUUUUAGCUCAUUACAGUGUUCGACGAUCACUGUCAUAAAUUCCAGUCUUAAAUUCUUGCAGGUUAUGUAUUGCAAGUGUGUGUCUUUUCAACUUAGAGAUGAGAAUCUUGAAUCUGUUAUAUUCACUUCAGAAUUUUCUCAACUUCAUUCCAUCUGCUUGCUUAAUGAAUGCGUCAAGUUGAAAUAUAUCAGCAUUUAUGCUCAGCAUGCGAAGAUUUGUGAAAUUCCCGGAACAUGUCGAGAUAAUGUGAAGGCCAAUAUUGAUAUUCCAAAUCUCCGAGUUUUUGGCUACGAUGGUUAUUUGCUGCCUAAUGAUGUAAUCUCUAUGAAAGCUCGAAAUCCAUUGGCUGCACUUAUCAAGCUUAAUUGGGAUGCUGAAGAAGAAGUUCUAGAACUUACUUUCCUCCCUCCAUGGACACAUUUUCCUACUUGGAGAGAUUUUCUUCAAAACUUUGAUUGCUUCGAUAAAUUAGAGCUAGAUAUUCGUCAUGAUGCCAUUGCAGAGGUACUCACGUUUUCAGAAAAUUUCAGGAAGACCUUCUCACCACCAUUGCCUAAUAUCAAGUAUGUUAGAAUCUCGAUUGUACGUCUUCGUUGUCCGCAGACAGUGGCCAGAGUUUCUGCCUUGAUAAACUCUUUGCAUUGGAUGGCACCAUCUGCAACAAUCACAUUAAAUUACUGGGACUAUGGGCCGCCUGAAUCUUCAGGGGAAUCUUCAGGCGAAGAUGAAUAAUAAUUGGUUUUAUUUGAAUGCAACAAAUGUUUAGCUAGGUUUCCUUUCUUUCUUUUUUUUCCUUUUUUCCAAAUGCUUAAGGAAAAUUUCAAGGAAUCUCCUCUGCAACUAUCUAUGCUUAACAUAUCAAAAUUUUAAGAAUGAAGAGCAAUCAACUGGAGGGCACUAUUCCAGCUAGGAAUAUCAUGAGCAUAACCAGCAGCACCUUUGCAGAACAGACUUGUUUAGGCUAUCAGUUUCUGGUUUGCUGUUGCGGUUUGGCCUUUGCGAGGACUGAUGUUUUGUCUACUUUUUAUAGUGUCGUUAGUAGUUCUCAGGAUUUUGAGUUUUGUUUGUCGGCUUUUUA